AUGUGCGCUUUGUCGUAUGAAAACGUGAUAAGUGAACGAACAGUACCUCGAAUUUUUGAAAAUUCUUCAUUCAAACAUGUACAUGUCCCCAAUCCAGCUAAAAUCGAAGUCAAACAACUAACUGAAGAAAUGAAAAAAAGUGCUUUAACUACUCAACAUAAUCCAAGUAAAAUUAUUAGUGAUAUUGUAAAAACGGCAUCAUCCAAUGUAAUUCAAGGGAGUCUCACAAGUGUACCAAAUCUUAAAAGAAUUAUUCAGCGAACUAGGCAAUGUAAUCAACAUUCUCCACCUAAUCCACUAACCUUGAAAGAUUUAGGAGAAAUUCCAGACAUUUAUAAACAAACAAACAAUGGAAGUAAGUUUUUGUUAUUUGAUAAUUAUGAAAUUAAUGGUCCUACAAAAAAUAGAAUUUUAAUAUUUUGUACACGUGAGGGAUUAGAGUUAAUGUCUGAAUCUGAACAUUGGUUCGCCGACGGUACAUUUAAGAGCGCUCCUUCUAUAUUCACACAAAUAUACACUAUUCACGUAUUGAUAUAUAAUACUGUAAUACCAGUAGUUUUUGCAUUAUUACCUGAUAAAAGUACUUCAACAUAUUCUUAUUUAAUCAAAACACUAAAAUCGCAUAUACCAUUAAAUCCUAAAACUAUUAUGACUGACUUCGAACAAAGUGCGAUAUUGGCAUUUAAGGAAAUUUUUCCCAAUAUAAUUUCUCGUGGCUGUCACUUUCACUUAAGUCAAUGUGUAUGGCGAAAAAUACAAUCGAUACCCACGAUUCACGAAAAAUAUAUAACUGAUGCAGAAUUUUGUAUUCAAAUACGAUUGUUACCAGCACUUGCUUAUGUACCAGUAUCUGACGUAAUAGCAAGUUUCGAGCACUUAUGUGAAAGUGAUUAUUACAUAGAACACGAAGAACUUUUUCGACCACUACUGGACUACUUUGAAGAUACUUGGCUUGGAAAGACGGUGCGUAAACGACGUCGAGGUCCAACAUUUCCUCUAGAAAUGUGGAAUUGUUAUGACGCGAUAGAUUUGCCAAAGACUAAUAAUUCAGUCGAAGGUUGGAAUCGUGGUUUUAAUCAUUUACUUGGAUCGUGUCACCCAACACUUUGGAAACUUAUAGAAGGGUUCAAACAAGAACAGACUAACACAGAAAUGAAAAUAGAGCAAUACAUAAGCGGACAAAAUCCAAUAAAAAAAAAGAAAAAAAUAUCAAGAUACUGCAUUAAGAAUUUUAGAAAUUCAAAAACAAUAUACAGAAAGAAAUAUCUUAAAUUAUUUGAAAGGCAUAGCCUAUAAUUUAUCA